UGUAAGGAAGGGAGGGUGCUUGCAGUCGUCAUUCAGUGUCACCCUCUGCACACACUAGACACACACACACAUAUACACACACGCCAACAGGCUCCAACACAAAGGACAUGCACAAGCACUGACACUGAGGAGUCAGUCAUGCACAAAUGAGGGCAACUAUUAAGGAAUCCGUAUUAACUGAGGAGGGGAACAGCUGACAAAAGCACUAUGCCCCCUGUUCCUCUAGAAGAUCGUUCUGCUCCCCUGCCUCGUCCCCGCUCCCUUCCUUUGCGGGUUGCACCUCAUUCACGCAUGGCUCCUGAAGUCAGAGGCCUGCAGCCUGGCCACCGGGCACCAUCACAUGCUGACCUCACUUUACCUGGACAUCUUCCACAGCUCCAACCCCCCCGCUGGCCACGGGAAUCCUGUUCUCGUCGGAGGGGUUCUCCUCCAUCACCAUCCACACGCUCCCCUUCAUGCUUCCGUUGGGCACUCCACCCUCUAAAAUGUGGCUGCAAAGGCUGCUGGCGCCUGCUUCGUCCUCCAAGAAAAUCCGUGGGUUCCUCCUGUAGCUGUGACCCUAUCGUAACUUUUGAUCCACAAUUUAUGGGGAGCUCAAGGGUGAGCUAUGAUGAUGAUGAUUACAGCGUACGUGCUAUUUGGCCAGAUGAGUUGGCUCGAAAAAUUAUGUCACGGACAAGGGGUGGAAUGCUUGGGGGGUCACCCAUGCUACUGGACCCCAGAGGUUUAGAGGGGUUGGAGGUAGAUGAACCAGCACGUCCCCGUUCUCCUCCUCCACCAUCAACGCCACCACCUUUGUCGCCAAUUGAAGGGACAAACAGGAGGAUUCAGAGUCUAUACCUUCUUCUUGAGCCAUUAACCGACAAAGACAGUUCACAGGGAACAGGCAGAGCUCUGAAUGAUGCCCCGGCUGAUGAUUGUGUUCUGCCAGUGGAGGUGUCGCCUCCUGUGCCACUAUCUCCUGACCUUGAGAAAGCUGAGCUUAGCCUUAUCUUGCCUUUUUUGUUCCUGGGGAAUGAGAAGGAUGCCCAAGACCUAGCCUGCAUGAUUACCCUAAAUAUAGGCCAUGUGUUGAACGUCACAACUCAUCUGCCUUUGUACCAUGCUGACUCUGGGGCCUUGAGGUACAAGAGACUACCAGCCACUGAUAACAGCAAGCAGGAUCUGCGUCAAUACUUUGAGGAAGCCUUUGAAUUUAUUGAAGAGGCUCAGCAGGAAGGAAAAGGAGUGCUGAUCCACUGCCAGGCUGGGGUCUCUCGAUCUGCGACCGUGGUCAUCGCCUACUUAAUGAAGCACACUCUGAUGACUGUGGGAGAUGCAUACAAGUUUGUCAAGGGGAAGCGCCCAAUUAUAUCUCCUAACCUAAAUUUUAUGGGGCAGCUUUUGGAGUUUGAAUCUGAUCUCAAUGCUGGAAUUACCCCAAGAAUUUUGGUCCCCAGACUACGUGGUGUUGAGAGCGACGUGUGAUGAACAGAAAAGAAGAAAGGAGAGACUUUGCUGCGGAAUGGGGGGGGGGGGGGGGAGAAUGGCGAGCAACAUAAACGAGUCAUGAUUAAACAAGAAGCAAAAUCUACAAAAAAGCAACAUAUCAUUGACAGCCUGCAGCCCACUUAGAAAAGCCGAGUCAGAUCCCAGUGGACGCACAGCCUCUGCGUCUGCAGAAAAUCCAACUUCACACUCCAGCAGUCUUUCAGCCCAUUCACAGUAAAAAUACUACAGCAGCAAUCUGCAAUCCCAGAGGAGCCUCAAAAUCUCACAUCUCAGUUCCCACAGACACUGUAUUAUGGGACGAAAAUGUGCGCCGACGUCAUGAUCACAUAAUGUGAUUCGGAUGCAAACUUAUAUGUCACAGUUCUCUAAUUGCUUUUGCAAAAAAAAGGACAAAUCCUGCAGUUAGGUUCCAGAAAUAUCAAUAAUUUAUAAUACUUUUAUAUUAUUUUUGAUCAGUAAGGAACUCGGGUGACCUGUAGAAACAGCUGAACAACAUCCAACAACGAGUUAGCCUCAAAUGCCCCUGAGGACUGCGAUAUUACACAUAUCGUGCAAGAGUGGCAUUUUGUGCGAUUUCUGUCGUGGAGAUUAUUUAGAUGCCCUCAAAUUACUUUAGGUUAACUAAGGCUUGUCUCUGUUUACUCACUGACCAUAGCCAUGCUUAACCUAGUUUGGAUGUCUGCAUUUCCACAUCAGAUUACUACCGCCUACUCCAAACCUAGCCAGAUCAUUUAGUCAUUGCCAGGCCACAUCUGCCCGUGUAAGCAGGUAAUGGCUAAUGUUUUUGUUUUCUCUUAUGGUAACAUGGCCUUGCUAUGUGCAACACUCAUAAUUAAAUGCUGAUUUGCAUACA